CCGCUCCCCCGACAAUUACCCCAGCCCCUCACCAACCCCUCCAUUUAUCGGCAUCUGCCCAGGCGACUCCCCGUAGAAUCACCCUCAUGCGUGCGCACACCCACCCACGACCCCCCCAGACGAAGGUGCGGCGGGGUUGAAUGUUUCCAGCAAAACCCGAGGGUUGGUCCAGCAGACUCCACAGCCUGAUCGAUGAACGACGGCGCAUUGGGGUGCCCUUCGUCCCUCACUCCUCCAAAAAAAAAUAUAUACAUAAAUAAAGAAAAAAAAAAAACCCCCCCCCCCAAAAAAAAAAACAAAACAUCAAAAAAAAACUUCGCAUCAAAAGAGGAGAGAGAGAGUCGCGCGCGCAUUCGAAAUUCUCUCCUUCGCGAUCAAGUUAAAACCCCAUAGUCUUGACAAUUCCCCGAGUGAUCGCACUUUCUCAGUUUCUGUUUCAUCCUCCACCAGUGCUUGUGCCCACAUCCCCCUCUGGAGUUGUUUCCUGUAUCUUCUGAUCAACCCCCAGCACCUCUCCACCUGACUCAUGCGCUUUCUAUCAUCCCCCAAAAUGCCGAAAGAAGUGUGCCACUAGGCCGAGUGUCGCACGUGAUUUCUCAUCAGCAUUCGUCGAGUGAAAAAUUGCUCACUCGAAAUAAUAUCGCUGUUGCCAUCGAGCAACACCAGAGAAUACGCCAGUACCUCAACCAGAAUUCAGAUUUGAGAACGGGAUUAAAAAAUAACCCAGUGGGUAAGUGAUGGGUUCUGACUGGUCAAGUCCAUAAUUCCAUCAUCAGUAUCUGAAUUCCCAUAAUUAUUGGAAUACGUGUGCAGUUAUGGAAUGAUAAGUGAUUAGUCCGUGGUUAUGCCAUGAUUAAUUCGUCAUUGCUCAACGACAUGGUGUAAAAACAAUGCUGAAGAGUGGUUGUGAGGACACGGGAGUCAUUCAGCGGUAGUUGUCCGUUGGGGGAUGAUAUCAUGGAGCUAGAGGCGAGGUAUCACCCCGCAUCGAGUCGUUGCUGCUCGGUUGGGUAAGGCCUAUCUUUUUUUCUCUCAAGCCCAGGAUUUAUAUUGAUCUAAUGCUCCUGGGUUUUCAUGGGAUUUUUUUACAGAUUUUUUUUUCUCUCCCAGUGUUUUUAGUUAAUGAUACUGGAGGCUGAAGGAUGGACAAGAGACGGUCCGUUGAUGGGGGCCUCGAGCAGGCUCUGCCCAUUCCCAUCCAGCUUUACCUCUGGCGUCAGAUGAGGCCAUUCACCAGGGCGAAGCUUGGCAAACUCCACGAGGCGUCGUGCAUGUUUUGUCAGCGGGCCCCUGGACAUCACGAAAUGAAGGAGGCGAGCACCUCAUUCGAGAAGGUACUCGUCCAGAGUCUUCACAACGAGCUGACGCCCUCCUUAACCGAAAUUCUGAGCAACGUACCCCGAUGGCGAUUGAUCCAGACAGCCCUUCCUUAUGUCCUCCACUCGGCGGCCAAUCUCCUGCACAACAGGAAAGACGUGCAGAAUAUUGGACCGAUGGAGACGACUCUUCUCUACAUUUUACACUGGUUUCUUUUGGAUGCUGCAGAGGAGUGCGCCGAGAGUGAUUCAGACAUGGGAGCUCAUAACAAUCCAUUCAACUAUCUUUACUCUGUACCUACCAUCACGCUGUUUGUAUACCUUUUCGCACCGCUGAGUAAUCACCUCAAGGACAUCGACUUCAGAACAAAUUUACGAUUGGAGAAUGGUGUUAAAAUUUGGCAGCCCAUGAGUGAGUACAGGCAUCCUGAGAGCUCUUGUUUCACCGCACAUUGCAGACCAAAGCCGAGAUCAAUCUGGUGGAAUACAUCGAGAAUGGGAAAGCAGGUACCGAGUGAUGUCUUCGUGGGCACCAGGAAGCAGAAGAGUGAUGAUCACCGAGACACUGACAGCCCACCCAGUCAGACUGUCAGUAUAUGUUACUCGGAGCAGAAUAUUCCUGUCACCAAUAAACCCGAAGAGGAGACCAAUUGGGUUUCUUCACCCAAGGACACAGUUUUUCCAGAGACAAUACCAGAGGAGAGCUCCAGCACCGAGGAUGAACACAUGGUGAUAUUCAGACUUCCGUCCCUCACCGAAUCGGAGAAGGCAAUGGACGGUGUUAAAGAAGUUUUUACAAUUUUCUCAGAGGGCGCGAGUAUUUUUCAUGUUGCAAUGAGCAGAUCAAGCUCGUCAAAAUCAACAGUUACGAUUGAGCAAAUAACAACGACAUCGGGAGGGGAUAACAAAUCAGACGCGAAGACAGCGAAAACCCUGAAACUCGGCUUGACAGAUAAAACGAGAGAAGAGAAAGUGGAGAAAGAGAGGGAGACAGGCCAGGACAGUUCGAAAUCCCGAAGUGUUCCCUCAGGUGUCCAAGAGUCAUCCCCAGAAGCGCCAGUUCACUCCAGGAGUCAGGGUCCAGCUGCCGACGUACGUGCAGCAACAUUCCUCGAUGUUGCUGUGAUGAGAUGUCUCUUCGUGUCGCAGUGGCAGGAGGAAGGCAUCUACUGGGCCCUCCAGUUCCUCUACCAGAGAUUGAGACAGAUAAACGAAGAGUGCUCCAUCCAGCAGAUGCCGAGGAGACGAAGCAACUCCCUACCCAUUCCCAAAAUUGAAGUGUCAAUUUAUCAGAGCCCCGAGAGCAAGAAGAAGGAGGAGGUCAAGGGAUUCAUUGAGAUUCCUGAUGGCAGGGAGCCCUCGACAAUGUCGGAUUUAGCAACGAUAGCCGAUCUUCCUUACACAUCAUCGAAAACACAGGAGAGCGAAGGGAGCCACGUCCGCAGGGCCAGCGAGAAGACGAAGAAACGAAUGAAAAUGGCUGAUCUCAAGAUCUUCGUCGAGACAAAACUCCUGUCCAAGUCGGAGAAGGCGUUGGAGAAGAUCGGGCAGGAGGAGCCGAAGGAUUUAGUCGAUCAGAUGCAGGAGUGUCACAGGAGUCUUGACACUGGUGACGAUGUCCUGGCAAAGCAAUCGUCAACCUCAUCGAGAGUAUUCGUAGAGCGCGAACUAGAGCGCAGGCUUUUUCCAUCGAAUCUCAUCAAAGGAAAGAGCAUGCCAAGCCUUAGCUAUAUGGGUGAUACCAAAGUCGAGAGGAAGCAGGGGAGAUUUUAUAGUCAAUCUUGUACAGCACAAAAUCCGAUAAUCACUGUGACUGAGCACACGCCGACUCCCUCACCAGAUUAUUUGAAACGUCAGGGGUCAAUAGACAGUCAAUUGGACGCGAUAAGCAUCCACGGUAGUAGAUUAAGUUCCGAGAGGAAACCAAGUCUGACGAGAUCCCAGACUGACUCCAACAUCACCUACACUGGAGAUGAGAUACCGGAAGCACCGGGUUCAGCAUGUUACAUCACGAAAACUGGAGAUAUCGAUCUCCAAGUGCUCCUGAAGGCUGUCCACUCAGUCUCAUUGCGAGACACAACAUGCUGCACCCUGAGGGUCUGCGAGAGCAUUCUCAACCUGAUGGAGCUGCUCAUGGAGAUGGGUAUACUGAAGUCCUGCCUGAGGGACGAUACGGGUAGUAAUGCAGGGUCGAACGACGAGAAAGCAGAGACAGCCAGCAGAAAGCACGAUUCACCAGUCAAUGAGCAGGAUCCAAGGAACGACCUCGAGGGUCGCAAUUGGAAUGCCCAUGCACUCAUGAUGAAUGCAGUACUCCGGGUGAUCAAGCACUUGGGGUGCACCCAUGGUUGUGCUGAUGGUAUUCGAGGGCCUCAGGCCGAUUUCUAUCGAUCUCAGGCUCAAACAAUUCUCACGAAACUCCAUUGCGCCAGCUCGAGGCUAUUCUCGAGGUGGCUGAGGAAUAUGGUACGGGAGCAACCGAUAUCUGAGGUCCUCGAGGUUUUUCAUGCUUAUGUCGGCUUCUGCGUUGAUCCAAGUUCGUUAUUAUCACCUCUUAAUCUCAAACGAAGUGCCAAUAAAUCCCCGGAGGUGCAGACCCAGGCUGGAUAUGCGACGAAUUUCGGAGCUGGAACUCCCUUAGGAGUUCCGCCACCAUCGGUAUCAGCAACGGCUGCUGCACUAGCUUCAGCGACAGCUGCAUCAGCAACUGCCUCCUAUGGAGGCGUAGGCUACACUUCAAGAACAAUAGAGAGCAAAAUUCUGGGAUGUGUGUUCAAGGCACUGGUGACCCGAUUUGUCUCUAAUGCCAAGGAACUUAAAUCCCAGGAGAAUAUCGCUGUCUACUGCGACGUCAAGCAGUUUGUGACGUACGUCAAGGAGAUGCAUGGCGGUGUCUUCAGGCGAGUGGCCCUGAGCGGUAUCCUGGACGCAUCAGACAGGCCUAACAAAAGGUGCAAUAGUAAUAUAAGGACAACGAGGGUAAUAAGGCAUAUUCAUCAAUCGGAUUAUGAUGACAACGUCGAGCUGACGGGGGAGACGUGCUACGGGGAUGACAGGGGAACUAGGAAGUUCCUAUUCAAGAAGCGAAGUACUUCCUCCACUUGUGCGCAAUCUGAUGCUUUUGGAUUGCAGAGUCUGCUUGAAACUGAACUAAGCGAGGAGACUGUCAAGGCUAGUCAGAGUCCUCUCAGUAAUUUGAGGAAGAAGCAUCAUAUUCUGACACCCAGACAGAGCGAACGCAAUCUAGGAAUUGGGGAAGCUUGUCUGGGUAGAAAGAAGUCGACGAGGUUUCAGAUGGGGGGAAUAGUUAAUUGGUUUAGGAAGGAGUACGGUAGGACAGAUUCAACGGAUAGCCACGAGAGCAGCGAAUCCCCGACGGACGGGAGUUUUGGCAGGCAACCCAGUCUACGUCGUGGCCAUUAUCGUGUUACUCGACCAGUGCGGGGAGUGGGGCAAACGCUGCAGAGGGCCAAACGACGAAUGGAGGAUCAACUCGUGAAAAUUGGCCUCGCUAAGAGGAGUAAGAAGGAGAGUAUGGAAGAAAUCCCUAGAAAUUAUUUUAGUAGGAGAAAUUCAAUGGAUCUCGGUGAUUCGUGCCGCGAAUCCGAGUUUGUUGUUCUCAAAGAACGGCGCCUAGUUCCUAGAGCAGCUGUCUAUGAAGGAAUGCAGAGAUUUUCAUUUUUACUGGAGACCUGUCAACCCGGUGCUGUGCCGGAUCAUCACUUGAUCGCGGCUAUUCUUGAUCUUCCUUAUGCACCGGUGGUGGCAAGGGCCUCGUUACUCCUCGAGUGCGCACAUCUUGUCCAUCAGUGUAAUAAGGGCCACUGGCCCACGUGGAUGAAGAUCAAUCUUCCGGUGUUCAGGCCCUCGGUUCCGAUGAGCAGUAGAAAUGUACCAACUGGCAUCAGACGAACACACGUCCUCCAGAGAGCUGCUGGCAAACUUUUUUAUCAGUGGGCUGAGGCAAUUGGUGCACGACUAGAGGAAUUUCUCAAUGAGGAUAAGCAGAACGUAGAGCAGGUGAUAGCCAUGAUGUCGGACGAGACGAAGCAGAGGGAGCUAGUGGUUGAAGACGAGGAGGAAGAUUUUUUAGAUGAAGCGAGCAUAAACACUUACGGAUCUGGCUGUCCAAUCGCACUCCGGAUGAUUGCGUGCAUAAUUCUACUGGAGAUAACGGCAUUCCUCCGGGAAAUGUACCAAACCCUGCCAAAAUCGAGUCGCCUCUCUACGAAGGAUCGUCCACCCCCUUGGGAGAGGAUGUACUCGCGUGAGGCUAAUCGUCGCUGGAGCAUGGCACUGUCGUCGAUGGGUCAAUCACAGACAUCAGCUCAGAGUUUACAAUCGAUCGCCGGCGAUCGUGAGACUGGUGAGUUGAGGGAGUCUAACGAGAGAGGCCAUUGGAAUUGUGCAAAUCCCAUCACCAAUCAUCAAACAUCUGACUCAAUCACCCUCGACUUUCGUUCAGAACGAAAGAUCAGCUUUGUACUUCACGAGCCUGACAACGAGUCCGAAGGUAGCAGUAAAUCAACGGUGACGAUACAGGGGGAGGAUGGCUUUGAUCGUGAUAAGAAGAAGGUACAGCCACAGACUGGCAGGCCAUUUUUGUUGAGACGUGGUACACAGGGCAAUACUGGAUCGUUCAAAAGACGUAGCUUGAAGUUACGUCGGGGUACGAAGGAAGGGAAGGAUAUGGAGUGUGAAGCUUUUGUUCGAUCGAUAGAUGCUGUUCGACGGGCCGAUUCCAUUCAAUCGAAACGAAAAGUCAGCUCGUUGUCCGAUCGCAGUGAUACGUCCGAGCCUGGAUACUGUGGAGAGGUCAGUGGGGAGGAGUCCCCGGGUAUUCUCAGUGAUGAUCAACCACCGGAGAGUCCAAGUGAUUCCAAUGACACUGACGAGACCAACAAGACUUUUCCCUGGAUGAGAGUACUAGCUCAGACUGCCAGCGGUUUCAAUUUCUACUGCUCACAUCAGAACUUCUGUCAUCCGUACUGUCAUCGCAGGCAGAUGAGGGCAUGUGGCAGGCUCAUCAAAUCUGUACGCAAGGUUUAUGGUGAGGAAUUUGGCGUUGUCAAUGGCACCAGCACCUUCGACUUCGAUGUGGAUAAAAAAGAUGAGGGAAAGAAGGAUAAGAGAGGGCGCAAAGUGUCUGAUCAAACUAGUGCACAGGUCUCACCGGUUCGAAGAAAAGACAGCGUCGGAAGAAAAUUCAAAAUCGAUAAAAGCCUCGAGGGUUCUCAGUCCGGUCGUCUGACCGGUGGCAACCGAGACUCUUCGAAAGACCUCGACCAAGACUCGGAGCGUGGCCGAGAUUCGUUUAAAAAAUUUUCCUCGGAAGACGACGACGAGCCGGAUCACGAGCCUCCACCUAUCCUCAAAUACAUAAAAACCCAAGUGAAGGACGCCUUUCACGCCCCUUUGGCGGCGCUGGUGAAGGGUGCAGUGGUAAUGCCGGACGAUCUGUUCGCUGAGGUCCUCCCCGUUGCCUGGGAGCUACUCCUGGAGCCGAGCCAGGAGGUGGCGGCCUCUGCGGCUUCCCUAUUCAUCCUGUGCGCAGUUCGUGCUCCAAAUCAAGCAAGCGAGAUAAUGCACCAGGGCCUCCAGCACACGUCCCCAGCCGUUCGAAUAAGUGCAACUCUUCGUUUUCAAGUUCUCUGGAAGCUCAGGUAUCAGGUCUGGCCGCGAAUGGAAGAGCCUGCACACCUCACCUUCAAAGUUCCACCUCCAGGCAUCGAGUUCACCCUUCCAUCUCCCAAAAUUGGUAUAGAGUCGUUGCCAGUGGUCGAUCCACCCUGGAUGCCCCAGGUGAAAACUAAAGUCGAGGAAGUGGCGAUCAAUGACCGUCACAGGGCCGUUGUGACGGCAACAAAGACCCGGAAGAAGCAGCAGACGGAGUUGAUAAAAAAGGUCAUUCAGGAUCAGAAUGAUAAACAGCGAGGCGAACGCGAGAGCUUUCUCAUAACGACGAUACCGAUAACAGUUCAAGCCGCUUACGAGCCGAGUCCUGUUGGCGACGAUCACGAGGACAACGAGGAUGACGCCGGAGAGGCAGCACCGAGAAACACCUCCCAUCACAGCACAUCAGCUCUGUCGCUAUUUCCCUCGUCGUUGUGCUCAGCUAUAGUUCAGAUCAUCAAUCUCCUCGAUGAUGCAGCUGUCUCGGACGACGGCAAUGCUGUCUACGAAGUAGCUUAUCAAGUGAUAUGGAGCUGUCUCGUUGAGGACAGCGCAUUAUUCCUGAGGUACGUCCUCGAGAGGCUCACCAGGGACAAGCAGGAGCUGAUGUUCAAGAUUCUCAGGCAUCUAAUCAGAUUUGUGCCUAAGUUGCCACAGCAAGCGGCCUUCGCUCUGUACAAUUAUAUCAUUGGUUACGUUAUGUUCUACGUGAGAUCUCCCCACGAGGGUGGGCAGAAGCUCAUUGGAACGGCGUUGUCCAUUCUCUGGAUGGUUGUGCACAGUGUUCAUGGGAUUAUGUUCAAGGAUUUGAAGCAGAUACUCAGGAAGGAGCAGUGCGAUGCGUCCAUAUUGUUGACGGCUAAUGUACCGUCGGCGAAGAAGAUUAUUGUUCAUGGGCCUCAGGAUCCUGAUGCCGGUGGCAUACCCUCUCAAUUUCCCGUGCAGGAGGACACGCAGUUCUGUCAGAUUCUCAGGGAGAGCCUGGACUUCUUCGGGAUCGAGGAGCAGAAGCAUAAGGAGUACUUUCUUGUUGAUUAUAAAACACAUCAAAUUCAUAAUCCUUCGUCCUACGUACGUGAUUACUAUUUUUUCAAGAGAUCACAGUAUCCACAACUCGAGCUUGUCCAUAUGAAACCAGAAGAUGCCUUCAAUGCCCUACAGAGGCAGGAGUUAGUUCACAAAUUCGUUGAAAUUGGAAAAACAUUGCUUACGUGGGCUAUUUUAAAAAAUGUCGAUAUGGUAGUUCAGAGAGUCGUAUUUUUGCACGAGGAACUUAUGAAGUUACCAUCAUUUCCAAGAAAAGCACUCGAGGCAGAUCUUGAUUUAUACAAGGGUGGUGAAAUUGGAAGGGAAUUACUGGGAUUGGAUGUAAUGCACAAAUUCAUGUGGGUACGUCUAAUCGCUCGAAUGUUCGAGGCAAUGGCCGGUAAUUUUGCCUACUCCGGUGACAUACAUCUAUUUCUUAAUGUCUUGAAUGGCGCCCUCGUGCUACACAGCGAAGACUCCUGUAUCCUUCGUUACGUCGUAGCGACGUACAUUAACGCAGCGCACAAUUUCAAAAACAUAUUUUCAACGAACGGUUAUUUACUGAUAAUGCCAUCGCUAUUGCAACUGUACGCAACCCAUCAAACGAAUAAACUUGUUACUACGACUGUAGAGUAUGCUGUUAAGCAGUUUUACAUGAUGAAUCGUAAGCCAUUUAUUCUCCAGAUGUUUGGAAGUGUUUCGACUAUUUUGGAUACUGAUGAGACUAGUACUCACGGAGAGGCCCACAAGGUACCCUCGACGUGUCUCUUCAACUUGUUAUUGAGUUUAGAAACUCCAUCACCGGAUCCCCUCAACAUUGGUGAACUCGUGAAAGAGGAGAAACCACUGAAAGCCAUUGAUUUUUGUUACAACGACGAAGACGAGAUGGUUAAUGUACUGGAUUGCAUAGCCCUGUGUGUGAUGGUGAUAGCGUAUGCAGCUGAUUCAAUGAGGGGCCAGCAGAUGCUCAUCAUUCUUGAGGCAAUACUUCCGUGCUAUGUCAAGCAAAUUCAGUUGCCAACGUACAAUCGUGGUGAUAAAACUGAGAAGGAGAUAAUAAAUCAGCUGGCAAUAGCUGUACGUACACUCGUUAACAAUUCCGAGACCCUCACCAAGUACUACAACGGCCCCCAGAAAUCAAGUCCCGAGCACAAGGGCUCAAGCCAAAGGAACUACGGCAAGGGCCCGUACUCCCCUGGAUUUGACUUCGAGGAGGAGACGCACACCACCAAGUAUUUGGAGCACACAAAAGCGAGAAAUCUCUACGACAGGGACAACGAGGACUCCGAGACGUCCCAUAAGAAUGAAUUUCGAAGACCAAGGGACACUUUAUUGAAUAUGGUAGGGGAAUUCGUGGCGCGAUGUUCAGUUCGUCUAGUGGAGCUCAACAAGAAGUCCCAGGAUGGCAAGACAAUUGAGCUGUUGGACUCCAAGUGUCACGUCAGACUAGCGGACAUUGCACACAGUCUUCUGAAGAUCUCACCGUACGAUCCGGACACAAUGGGCUGUCGGGGUCUGCGCAGGUACAUGAAUGAUCUCCUGCCGUCGACGGAGUGGUCUAACGAUGACAUGAGGCCAGCUCUCACGAUUAUCUUGAGGAGGCUAGAUAAAACCUUCAGUAAGAUCUACAAAAAAGCCUCGGUAAGAAGGAACACAGACUGGGAGGCAGCCAGCGAUCUAUUAAAAGGUGUUUACGAAACCCUGUCCAAGUGCCCGUACAUCGCUCACUUUCAGUAUCUCAAGACUCUUCUGUCGACCUGUCAGGCCCUCAUCGUCGGUGAUAUGGGACAGGUCGAAGUGACGUCAGCAGCCACUGCAGCACUCAUGAGUAAGAUUCCUCCCCAGCAGUUCUGCUCGACUGUUCUUCGACUGAUUGCUCUUCACGUCAUCUCCCUCGGUGAGGGCUACACCCUUGAGAAUGUCUGUGGUGGUAAUUCCAUGUUCGCAUCGCAAAUCAGAACCGAGAACAUGCUUUUAAAUCUUCUCAUACCUCUCUUCCUUCGGGUGGGAACUGGACGAAAAGACGUGCCAAAAUUGAAACAGUCCGACCUUAAAUUCGCACUUGUCGCUGUUCUCAACACUCUCUGGCCCACAAGCACAAAAAUAGCACCACUCACAGCUCAGAAUUUGAAAGCAACAGCCGAUCUUCGCGCUGGAAGUCUCACAUUUACAGCUCGAGAUCCAAAGAUAUCCACAAAGCUGUCGUUGUCGCUCUAUCGAGUGGCAUUUCUCGCCCUCAAGAUCAUGACCAUCUGCUUCGAGACGGAGAUGAGGACAGAGUGGACCAAGAUCUUGAGGACGAUGCGACAGCUGAACAGGAGAAAUGAAGCGUCAAUUCAUCUCUGGAAUUUUCUCGAGUUCGUUGUCACCCACAGAACGGCCCUCUACAUCCAAAUGCUACCAUUCAUUGUUCACAAAAUAGGCCAGCCACCGAUAUCCGAGCACGAGAGAAACAUGCAGAGCUCUAUAAGAUCAAAAAUCAAUGGUGAGACGGUGGCAUUUCCAAAAUCACGUGGUACACUGCUCGGUGAUUUGCUUCACGAGUUGAGGGACUUGAAGGAGGAAAUAGAGGAUCGCAAGUUUGACGAGAUGCAGCCAGAGCCGAAGAGAAGUGUCGUUGAUAUGCAUCCCAAUGCACCGAAUGCCAAUGACGGACAGCCGAGAACGCAGAGGCCGUCACUCCUCAUUGAUCUUCUGACGGGUGAUAUCGGGUCCAGGGUGCACAUCAACAGAACUCCCGCCGAGACCCCGGGAUCACAUUCCACAACGCUUCAGUCACUACCCCAAUCUGUUCAUCACUCCAUCAACUCCAGCAGCACCACCAAAUCAUCAGCCCAGAGUCACAGCUCUACUGGUGGCGGCGCUCCUGCUCCUAGAGGUACAUCUCCAAUUAUAGUCCCAAAAUAUCAGAAUCUAACUCUCAAUUCUCUCAUUUACCAUUGAUUUGUCUUAGGCUCGUUGUCAAGCGCCAGUUGCGGCUCCUCCACUAUCAAAGAAGGCACCGAAUCAGCUGGAGACAAUCAGACUGAUCAUCCCGCUGUACCAGGAGAAACUGUGACGAGCCAGCUGAGCCCCAGCAGUCCAAUCGAGGACAGCUCAGGCGAGUCCCGAUUAGACAGGCCUCGUUUGCAGCGUUCGAUGGGCCAAAGCAAGAGGACAUUUCGUUUGCGAAAAAGUCGAAGGAGUCAUAUUGAGGUACCACAUCUGAAGCUGGAGCCAAGGGUUCAGGAGGGCUCGUCGUCCCCCAUCCCAGGAAUCUCCCAGACACCACCGCAAUCAGCUGUCGAGUCCACCACCUUCAGUCUUCCUUCGGACUCGUCAUCAUUUCGCUCCCGUCGCAGUUUCUCGGUUCGUCUCGGCGAUGAUCACGGCUCCAGUCUAAGUCCCGUGGACCACCAGUAUCUCCACCAUCAUCAGCAGACAGCCCAUCAUUAUCUUCAUCCACAGUCGGAUAUAUCCUGGGAGGAUGACACCUCCAGUACAUCUGGCUAUCGUGAGUCGUACAGCAUGCAACUGGUGUCCCUCGAGGGUAACAAAUCACCAGCCCCACCACUUGCAUCACCCGAUCUCAAUGACAUACCAUCGACAAGUAGUACAGCAACUAAUUACAUUGGUUUCGAUGGCAGCUCACCGGAUUGCUCUUUCAAUGGCAGCGGUGGAGAGAAAACAACACUUUUGAACUCAAGCCAGAGAACGGCAUCGCAACACUCACUAAUCAUGGUAUUUCAAACCCAGGACGAGGACACACUGAUCUAACGAAUCGCUGUGGCUGUUUGGCGGACAAAUCAUCGAAUUGUAUCACUGAAUUUUACAUCCGGAGAGUUUAAACACGAUGAGUAUUUAUACGAUAAUGUUUCACUAAUAGUUGGUAGUAUGCGAAUUCGGGACCGACAGAGGCCUAAACAUUUGUACGACGUGAUUGUGUAAAGGUAAUUAUGUAAGAACACGUUUUAGAUAAAGAGUUAUCAUCAGUUGAUCAA